GGUCGCUCGACAGACUGCUGCUCCUUCCUUUACUCAACUGAACCCUUCUCCAGCCAGCACAGAUGACUGCGACUCAGAGACCAACGAUGACUUACUCCAAAAUGAGAGGACUCUUAACGUUCUUUUCAGCUCUGCUCAAGGGAAAGAAAGUUGGCUUCAGAGAUUUCUUACAUAAACUGGCAUCCAGUCAGCAGCUUUGCCAGAUUCUGGACACCAAGUGGAUCCUGCGCCCCCAUAGCCAGCACGGGGCCACAAAGCAGAAAGAGGAAGGAUCUGUGAGCGCACUGACCCCUGACACCUCACAAAUGAAACCAUCAGACUUUGAUUACCUCAAAAUUAUUGGCAGGGGAAGUUUUGGAAAGGUUCUACUGGCAAGACACAGAAAAGAGGAACGAUAUUAUGCUGUGAAGGUGUUGCAGAAACAGAUCAUAAUCCAGAAGAAGGAGCAGAAAAAUGUGAUGGUAGAGAGGAGUGUCCUGCUUAAAGGACUGCAACAUCCCUUUUUGGUGGGACUCCAUUUCUCUUUCCAGACACCUCAUGCCCUCUACUUCGUGUUGGACUUCGUAAAUGGUGGAGAGCUUUUCUAUCACAUUCAGAGAGAAGGUACAUUUUCUGAACCCAGAGCUGCUUUCUAUGCUGCAGAAGUGACACUAGCAUUGGGCUACCUACACUCGCUGAACAUCGUCUACAGAGACCUUAAGCCUGAGAACAUCUUGUUGGACAGCGAAGGUCAUGUGAUGCUCACAGAUUUUGGACUCUGUAAAGAGGGCGUGGCUGUUGGAGGAACGAUGCGCACAUUCUGCGGGACUCCAGAGUAUCUUGCUCCGGAAGUCCUGUUGGGUCACACAUACACUCCAGCAGUAGACUGGUGGGGAUUGGGCACAGUGCUGUUCGAGAUGCUGUGCGGACUGCCUCCAUUUUACAGUCCCAGCAAAGCACAGAUGUUGGAGAAUAUUCUCUAUGCGCCGCUACACAUGCAUUGUGAGCUAUCUGAGGCUUCUAAAUCACUGCUAGAGGGCUUGCUUGAAAGAAAUGUAUCCAAGCGCUUGGGGAAAACCUGUGAUGUUGUGGAACUGCAAGAGCAUUCUUUCUUUGCAUACAUGAACUGGGAUGACCUUCUGGCCAGAAAAGUAAAGCCACCAUUUGUUCCGUCCGUGACCGGUCCGUGUGAUGUCAGCUACAUCGACCCUGAGUUCACCCUGCAACCUGUUCCUCCCUCUGUAGUUGACCAACAGUGGACCAGUGCACUCAGUCAAGCCUUCCCUGGAUUCUCUUACAUGAACCCAGAGGAUCACAUGGCAGCCAAGAUGUCUUAGUCAGAAUUCCAGAAUUCAAAAAUAUAUUUAUUUUAUAAAACGUUUUUUUACUUACCUAACAACAGAAAUUUCAAGUUUGUGACUCUGUUAAAGUGACGGGUGCGCAAGACAAGAUGCAAAAUAUUUUAAUGUGCACAAAAUGUAACAAAAUAAAUGUGUUAAAUAGUUAAUAUCCCAUUUCCGACAUUCAAGUUCCACUUCAUUUACAGUCACACCUUGUAAGCCUUUGUGACACUUACACAAUAAAACAAAUCAGGAGGCAGUAUGAAGUGCUGACAUGAAGAUAAGGUGCAUCAACGUGAGAUCACUGUUUUUUACCGAUCAUUUGUUUUUGUUUCCCUCAUCAACCGAAAACUUUGCCACUUGAUAGCUCCAAUAGAGGUGAAGUGACACGUGUGGCGAUUCUCCAAGGACUUCAACAGAAAAUCAGUGGCAAGAAGAGAAUGAGCGUGACCACGGGGGAUUCUCAAGAUACAUUUGGAGAACUUCCUUUUUUGCUUGACACACAUGGCUGAUUUUUGCUAGUAAAUACUGAAUGAGGCGUAGUUAUGGCCACUCUGACAGGUGAAAUAGGCGAUUAGCUGACCGUUGCAGAUCAUCAGAAACAAGCCACUACCUAGGAGAAAACAACAUUGUUAAUAUAAAAAGAAGCCAUGUUUUUUUUUUUUUCAGAAUAGAGGCUUCCUCACCUAUAGCCAGCCACCACUGCCACUCCAUGGGAAACUCAAACAUCACUGCAAAGAGAAAACAGAUCAGUUGAAAAAAAGAAUACAGUUUGUUAUUAAGUCUGUUUCUAGCUUACCAACGCUGGUGAUGAGCACAUGAAUAAGGGUGACUGUGAUGGCGUAGUCCCAGACCUGCUUCUUCACUACUGCAGCAAACAAUAGACCGCUGAAGAAGAAGGUGAGCUCCAAAGACAGGAGGUUCACUGUGAGGAGAACAAGAUUCAUCACGAGGUCAUGCAUAUUGAGGUCAGGGAGGAGAAUACAGAAAGAAAGAAGAAAGCAGAACAAGGGAAAUACAGAAAUAAGGAUUCUGAAUGUUAUGACUUGUUAAUGUAAGUUGAUGAACACUGCAAGGUCAUUGGGAUCGUAGUAUCAACUCUGCUCACCUAAAUAUUUGGAGUUGGAAUCAACAAGUUUGGUCUUAAAGUCAAAAGGAAUCAGUCCAUCAAACCUGUCCAACCUGGAAGAGGAUUUUACACACCAUUUUAGAAAGUGCAUGAUCAUUAAGAAGCUAAGAGAGAAGAGAGGUCGAGGCUUAAAAGGAUUACAGUUCAUAUGAGUUUUCAGUUUUCAGCCUUUUCAAAAUCUGCACAACUGACAACUUGUCUUUCCUUUCCCAUAGUUGUUAUUAUAAAUUACUGAAUAGAAAUUUAAUUUUGACUCCAAACAGUAGCCCCAAAUAAAUCUCUUUAUAGAAGACUUUUCCCAAAUAAAAAUGAAUCUUUUUCAGACAAAACUGUGACAAUGACUGACAACUGACAUUAUUCUUACCUGAAAGCGCCAAAACAAACACUGCCAAUCAUGUAGAAGAGACAGUAGAAGAUGAGAAGGCACAGCAGCAGAUUAAGCAGCACUGUCUACAGGGACAGGAGAAACAUUACUGAUGUAUUGCAUAAUAAUUCACGUCAGCUUCUAAAAACAAACUAGUGUUUGGAAAUCCACGUCGAAAAAGUGGUAACUCACUUUUGGAUGGUGAAUUUCACGAACGUUAUGUUAGCGUCACAAGCUUAGUAGUAGCUCGUAAAAAUGGAUUCAGUUGCAUUAGAACUUAAGAAAACAGGAGGGGGCUUUGCACACUGAGAUCUCUGGUUGUCACACCAUUUAUUUUCCACCACCUGCCCUAGUGGGCAAGCAGACCUAACUGGAGGGUAAGUCCUGUACCAAGGUAGAGUUGACAACCCACUCGCUGGUAAAACCAAACAAGUGCCGAAGUGAAAUGACAAGAUCUGAAGUACAAACGCAGUUGCAUCCCAACCCUUGUUGUUGUAUAUAGGUAAGUAGACUGCCAUAUAUUUGUUUGUCUCACUGUGACUGUUUUGCCAUCAAUAGCCAUCUGACACAAAAUAAAAGGUGAAAUGGGGAAAACUCUCCACAAACGGAAUUAAAGACACUUGAGUUGACAAGAAUCCUGCGGAAGGAAGUGCGCGCUACACCUCGGUGCUUUUCAAAAUAAAAGCAUAAAAC